UAACGCCACUAUAUAUCUUGCGAUUCGUGCAAUUCCACCUUGACGCUCGUGCAACAUGCCCGCUCGAGCGGCGGCGACAGACGAAGUACGGUUAGAGAGGCGCCGGCAGAGGUGUAAAGUCAAUCAGCGCAGGUACCGAGCCAACUUGCGCAUGACCAAUAGCCAACGGCGCGUGGACAUGGAAGAGAUGGACCGCGUGAACCAGCGGCUUGAAGGACACAUCGCCGCCAUCGAGCGCAGCGGGUUGUGGUACCAUGCAGAAGAGCAGUCUCUGUUGGAAUAUCUUCGGCUAUUUGAGCACGGAUACACGCAAUCUCCGCGCCAGGAUACAUUUUUGCAAAACUUUAUCGAGCCCGACUCGUGGUGCAAUGGCCACAGAGGUCUGGACGCGCUGCUUUUGCACUGGACCAACUACACGACGACGUUCUCGUCGUUUCACAUCAAGUGCGUGCAGCUGAAUCCUGUGAGCCACUCGCGAGAUGAAGUGAUCGUGGACAUGCGAUGCAUGGCCGAGCUAGGUCUGUCGUUGCAGUCUAUUCGCACAGUGUUUCCCCAGGUCCUCCACCGCCAAGACCUCGUGGAGAAGAUGCUCACCGCCCCAUUGCGUCUGCACGUGCAUGCCACGUACAUGUUUGACGACAACAAGCAGGUUACGUGGCAGGCCUCCGACUCGAAUCUCGUGGAUGCGCUAUUCCGCCAGUUUGGCAACUUGGACGACGUGGUGGUAGCUGCGUCCAAUUCAGGUAUCCUGCCCAAUGGCAUGAUCCGGAGUGACCCUGCGAGGCCAACUGUUUGAUGUCAUGAUCGACGUUAGACAGAUACAAUUAAAUGGCCAAAAUGCAAGAAUUUGACUUCGACAAUAAAACACAUCAAAAGUUGACGCAU